AUGGAACUUGGUUCAGCCUCUUCUUCUUCAUCAGCUUCUGGUGGAUCAAACUCACUCAAUGGCUUGAAGUUUGGCAAGAAAAUCUACUUUGAAGAUGUGGGUGUUGGAGUGCAGGACAAAUUUAGUGGUGGGUCGCCAUCUCUGCCGCCAACGGCCGCCGGACUGCCUCCCCCGUCACCUGCCAAGAAGGGGAGAAGUGGGGUGGGGCAGGGUGGGCAGCGACCCAGGUGCCAAGUAGAAGGGUGUAACGUAGAUCUGAGUGAUGCUAAGGCUUACUAUUCAAGGCAUAAAGUAUGUAGUAUGCACUCCAAGUUCCCAAAGGUCAUUGUUGCAGGCCUUGAGCAAAGGUUUUGCCAGCAAUGCAGCAGGUUUCAUCAAUUGCCUGAAUUUGACCAAGGAAAACGGAGUUGCCGCAGACGACUUGCAGGCCACAAUGAGCGUAGGAGGAAGCCGCCUCCUGGAUCUUUAAUGUCCACUCGCUAUGGAAAUCUUUCUUCGUCCAUAUUCGAAAACCAUGGAAGAACUGGAGGCUUUGUGAUGGACUUUGCUACAAACCCAAUUCUGACUGGGAGGGAUUCAUGGCCAAAUACAAUGUCGUCUGAACAAGUGGUGGGCAAUCAAGUUAAGAUCGCAGGAAAGUUUGCACUUUCAUGGCAGGGCAAUUUGCAAAAUCCUCCUCCAGAUCUUCUGCAAGGUUUAACGACCCGAACCAGUUAUCUGGGUCCUGGAGUAUCUUCUGAAGAACGUUACAGUGGAGUCUCGGACUCCAGCAGUGCUCUCUCUCUUCUGUCAAAUCAACCGUGGGGCUCAAGAAACCUUUCAUCCAGUCAUGGAGAGAACAGUUCACUUGAUGCCAAUGGGACACCCCUAGUUCAGCCAUUGGUUACCCACACUGCACCCAUUGAACACUUUUCAGUAUUCUCGCACAAUUUUAAGGGCAACCAAGUCAGUAGUACUUUGCAAGAGAGGCCUCCUAAUCUUGGUUUGGGUCAAAUUUCACAGCCUGAUAACAGUCCGUAUUCCAAUGAAAUCGAGAUGGCUCGACAGGGCGGAGGACAGUACCAUGAACUUCUCCAGUCCAGGGGUUUUAAUUCUUCUGUCCAGCAUAUGAACUGGUCACUUUAG